GGUAGCCAAAACAGUUAAAUUUUCCUUACCAUUUGGCAUUUGUUUUUAAAUUUAAAAUGUACAAAUUAUAUAAUGAUUAAAUUUAUAUAUGUACUUUUUAUACUCCUGUUGAGUCUGUUAUCCGCGUACAGUUCAACCUUUAAUAACACAAUUUGUAUUGAUUGCACGGAUGAAAACAAGGAAAGAUGCCAUAUUACCAAAACCGGCUUUGAAUGCUUCAAUCAAACGAAUCAAGCUAAAUAUUGGGAUUAUUAUGAGGAUCACUUUGGCCUCAAUCGGAAUCCUCCGAGUAAUAAGGAUUUAAACGUUUGCAUUCCGAAGCGAUUGGAAAUUCACUGCAUAGAGAAUAACAAUUUCAAGUAUGUGAUCGUUUGGUCGCCCGAACUUGGUUGCCAACUGGUGCAAAGGGACUAUGACGAAAAGGAGAUAUGUUUUACUGCCAGACAAACGUGUCCGUGUGAAUAUGAAGAAUCAGGAGGAACUAAUGGUUUACCAGUUUUUAUUACCAAGUACCUAGUGCUACUCAUCACAGUCCUCCAAUUUUAGAUAUAUAUUUUUCAUUUUCUCAAUGACGGUUCUUCAACUUGAAAUCAAAAUUUAUACACCAAAAAUUUCAGUUUCUACAUAAAUAUUUCCAUAUUGAAACAGAAUACAAAAGAAGAUAAAGUAUAAAUUUAUGUGAUUGA